ACCUUCUUUGUUUCAAGGUCAAUUUGCAUCGAUUGACCUCUUCCAAAUGGGGUUUUCGAUCUGAAAUUGAUGAAAUCAAACAAUUGGGUGAUUCAUUUUGGUUGAUUUAGGGAUUUCCAUCGUCCCCAACACCUAAUUCCUUCCACAUUUGGAAGUAUUAUUUGAAAUGUGAGCGAUGUUGGUUUCCACGUAGGACUCACCAACCCCCCAAUCUCUAUCCUUCUUACCAACUUUUCUGUGUAUAUAAAGUCCGUAUCAAACUAGUUUUGCAGAAGCCACAAGCGAAUCAACCUUUUUGCUUUUUGGGGUUUUGUGUAGCUAGUGCAAAUGGGUAGUGUUGGUGUGUUGAGAAAUACGACAAUGGUGUGUGUGCCAUUGAUGAGUCAUUCCGUCGAACAGAUGGUGAGCGAUAUGUAUCAGGCCAAAGUUGAAGGUGCAGAUUUAGUGGAACUCAGACUUGAUUGCUUGAAGGAGUUCAACCACCAACAAGAUCUUCAGACUCUUCUCCGCCGUAAACCACUCCCCGUCGCCGUCGUCUACCGGCCAAAAUGGGAGGGUGGUCUCUAUGAGGGUGAUGAGAACUCAAGGCUGGAAGCACUUCUACUUGCUAAAGACUUGGGAGCAGAAUAUGUUGAUUUUGAGCUUCAGGUAGCUUACGAUAUCAUGGAAAAACGCAAAUUUUCUCAGCAAAAGAGUUGCAAGAUAAUUGUAUCUUGUUUUGUGGAUGGAGUGACAUCCUUGAAAGAAGAUCUAAGCCAUCUUAUAACAAGAAUGCAAUCUACUGGAGCAGAUAUCAUCAAACUUGUUACAAGUGCAACCGAUAUUACAGAAUUAUCAAGAAUUUUUCAUUUGCUUUCGCAUUGCCAGGUACCAUUGAUUGCAUACUCAACAGGGGAGAGGGGGCUUAUUAGCCAAUUACUAGGACCAAAGUUUGGUGGUGUUUUAGUGUAUGGAUCAAUAGAAGGAAAUCUGGUACCGGGUCUACCAACGCUGGCGAGCCUUAGAGAAGCAUACGGAGUUGAGCAUAUAGACGCGGAUACAAAGGUGUUUGGGCUAAUCUCAAAGCCAGUAAGCCAUAGCAAAGGCCCUCUUUUGCAUAAUCCUACUUUCAGACAUGUCGGAUACAAUGGGGUUUACGUUCCAAUGUUCGUGGAUGAUCUUAAACAGUUCUUUAACGUCUAUGAAAGUCCUGACUUUGCCGGUUACAGUGUUGGAAUCCCAUACAAGGAAGCAGUAAUGGAGUUUUGUGAUGAAAUCCAUCCUCUUGCUAAGUCUAUAGGUGCUGUUAAUACCAUUGUGAAGAGGCUGAGUGAUGGGAAGCUUGUUGGUUAUAAUACAGACUGUGAAGCUUCCAUAACUGCAAUUGAGGAUGCUUUAAAAGCUCGAGGUCUCGUAAACGGAGAAGCAUCCCUCCCUUCUCCUCUCACCGGGAAACAAUUUGUGCUCGUUGGCGCGGGAGGUGCGGGGAGAGCUUUGUCAUUUGGUGCCAAAAGCAGGGGUGCACGAGUUACCGUUUUCGAUAUUGAUUAUGAUCGAGCCAAGUUGCUUGCCCUUGCGGUGUCAGGUGAAGCUCGACCCUUUGAAGAGUUGACUAAAUUCCAACCCGAAAAAGGUGCAAUCCUUGCGAAUGCAACACCCAUCGGGAUGCACCCGAGUAAAGAUCGAAUCCCCGUUGCCGAGGAAACACUGAGAGAUUACUCGGUCGUGUUUGACGCCGUUUAUACACCUAGGAAAACUACGCUUUUAAAAGACGCGGAGUCUGCGGGUUCCAUCAUUGUUAGCGGGGUCGAGAUGUUCCUUCGACAAGCCGUCGGCCAAUUCAAUCUUUUCACGGGAGGCAAAGCACCUGAAGAAUUCAUGCGAGAGAUUGUCUUAUCGAAGUUCUGAUUGAUUCAUCGAUUUGUGAAUAAUAAUAAUACUGAAACAAAUCCUGGAGUUCAAAAUCAGAUGAAGAGUUUCUGAUAUGAAUAUUGAGGAUUGGGGGUAUAUUUGUAAACUCACUCUACCAACUAUUAAUUUGAUUUUUUAUUAGACACACAUAUUUAAUUGUAAGUAUUUGGGUUUC